AUGUUCGAUUUCAAUCUGCAAUUUGCUCGUGGUGGUGCCCAAUUCACCGUUGAACUUUUUGAAAAACUCAAGGCAGCCACUACCAAGGAAAACAUUAUCGUAUCCCCCUUCUCGGUGCAAACCUGUUUGGCUUUGGCCUUUGCCGGUGCCAAGGAUGAGACAGCUGAAGAAAUCGCCACCGCUUUGAAAUAUGUGUCCAAUUUCCCACCUGAAGUUGCUGAAACAUUCCAAUUUGUUUUGGAAAAAUACAAGGAUAGUGAACUGCUGAAAAUCGCCAACAAAAUCUAUGUCCAGGAGGGACAAGAAAUCAAAGAAGAUUAUGCCGCGGCUACCAAAGAACAUUAUCAUGCCGAAGCUGAUACAGUAAACUUUGUGGAAAAUGAAGCUGCCGUUGAGAAAAUUAACAAUUGGGUUGAGGAAAAAACCGCUGGAAAAAUUACCAAAUUAAUUACACCCGAUUGUUUUGAUGAGAGCACACGUUUGGUACUCCUUAAUGCUAUGCACUUCAAGGGUGAAUGGGAAAAGAAAUUCGAUGAAAGUGCCACGGAAGAAGAUGACUUCUGGAUCGGCGAAGAAGAAUCGGUUAAAGUGAAAUAUAUGAAUCAAAAGGAAAAAUUCGGUUAUGGUUAUUUCGAAGAAUAUAAUUGUACCGCAUUGGAAAUGCCCUACAAGGAUUCAGAUUUGAGUAUGUUUGUAAUGCUGCCCCAAGAACGUGAAGGUCUCAAGGAUUUGGCUGAGAAAUUGAAAGAUGUCAAUUUGGUUGACUUGGCCGAUCAAAUGAAUACCGAGGAGGUUGUAGUGAAAUUCCCUAAAUUCAAAGUGGAUUAUUCCGUUGAAUUGUCGGAGGCAUUGAAGGAGAUGGGUAUUCAGAAAGCCUUUAGCGAUGAUGCUGAUUUCAGUAAUAUUUUGGAAAAUCCUGAAAAUCUCUCCAUAUCGAAAGUUUUCCACAAGGCCUCAAUUGAAGUAAAUGAAGAAGGUUCCGAGGCGGCCGCUGCCACCGGUAUGAUUAUGAUGACACGCAUGAUGAUGCUGCCAUUGCAAUUUGUUGCUGAUCGUCCAUUCUUCUAUUGGAUUUGGAAUAAGAAGAAUAUUUUGUUUGCUGGUGCUUUUGUUAACGCUCCCGCAGAAGAAUAAAAGGGAGUGAGAAGAAAAG